ACCACCGUUUAAAAAAUAAAAUGGAAGCUGUUCCACGGAUGCCGAUGCUUUCUUUUGAAUUAAAACACAGUCCUGAAUAUGUAGAAUUUGGCCCAACACUUAAAAACUAUAUAAGAGACCACUAUGGAGAGGACCCAGCACAUUAUAACAAGAGUUGCAGUGAGCUGGAACAGUUACGACAGAGUGCCGUACAUGUGUCACAUGAUUUUAUGGGUUGCAGCACACUCAAGAAAUACUAUUCCCAGUUACAGUUUCUUCAGGGAAGAUUUCCAAUGCUUGAAGGAGGAGAGGCUUCCAUUCCAUUUACUUGGGAGGAGGUAUUUUCUGGACGAGAGAUGACAUUAAGUGAUAUAAAAUUUGAGCAAGCUUGCAUUCUAUACAACAUAGGAGCUCUCCAUUCUGUGCUGGGGGCCAUGGAUACACGACAAAGUGCAGACGGAAUGAAAGUAUCAUGUACACAUUUCCAGUGUGCGUCAUGGGCAUUUGAAUAUUUACGAGAUCAUUUCGGUUGUGCGGCAAUGAGUUUGGAUAUGACACAUGAACUAUUGACCUUUCAACUGAACUUAAUGUUGGCACAAGCUCAGGAGUGUAUCUUGGAGAAGUCAAUGACAGACAGCAGAAAAAGCACAAUCACUGCCAAAGUUGCUGCACAGAUUGUAGAAUUCUACAGGACGUCAAUGAAACACCUAGAUGUGUGUAACUUACAGGAACUUAUCAGCUCUAAAAGAUAUAAGGACUGGAAGAAGAAGAUAGAUAUAAAGAUUUUAUUUUACACCUGUAUAACAAACUUCUAUAUGGGACGACAGUCAGAGGAUCAGCAGAAACACGGACAAUGUCUGGCUUACUAUACUAUAUCUCUAGAGAAACUCACUGAAUGUGAGAAACUUGCCAAGAAUGAGGGUGUUGAGAUUCAAGAUUCAUUGAGAUUUACACAUGAUGUAGUUGGUGGAAAACAUCAGUCAGCAAAGAAGGACAAUGAUUUUGUUUAUCAUGAUAAAGUUCCACCUGCAGAUUCACUGCCUGAGGUUAAAGGUGCUUCCCUUGUGAAGGGCAUACCGUUUAAUCCAAAUGAUCCUGAAAUAUCGGGACAGGACAUCUUUAAUAAACUUGUACCUAUGUCUGCACAUGAGGCUGCCUCUCUUUAUAGUGAAGAAAAAGCUACACUGUUAAGAAGAAUGGUCUCUGAGAUACAAGAAAAAAAUGAAGAACUAAAUCAGUAUCUGGCAUCUUUACAACUUGACCAUACCUCAUUAAACCCUGAGCCUGAGAGACUGCCGCAACAGUUACUGGAGAAAUGUGCAGCUCUUAGUGUAAGACCUACUGCAAUCAAAGAACUGGUGGAUUCUAUGACAGCUGUUUCGAAUGUAGCCACAGAAGUAGAUCUGGGCAUUAAAGAAAUUCAACAAACUCUACAGGAGGAGAGUACAGCUGAACUGGAAUUUCAGGAUACCUUUGGAAAGAGGAAUCCCAAUGCCAUACUGUCAGAAAUUGCACAAGAAUGUGCGAGGUUAGAGGAAGGUCACAAGAAGGGCAGUCAGUCCAACACGGACCUUCAUAAAGCAAUGAAUACUCACAUCAAUAACCUAAAGUUACUGAGCAGUCCCCUGGAGGAUUUACAGAAACUCUUACCUUCAGUUGAUAAAGAUAGAGAUCCUGAAAGUAAUGAUGUGAUCAAGCAGUUAAACAACUUGCUGUCUAAAAUAGAGGAAAUGAAAACACAGAGACAGACACUAGAGGAACAACUUAGAAAGGAAGUGUUAGAAGAUGAUAUAACAGGGGUAUUGUGUAAACAAGAAAGCAUAAAUAGAGAGGUGUUGUUUUCGGAGCAGCUGAAGAAACAUGAUAAAAGAUCGGGCUUGAUACGACAGAAUCUCACCGCCCAGAAUAAUAUACUGAGAGCACUAACUGAUGCUAAUGCUAAGUAUGCUACAGUUAGGAAAGCUACAAGUGAAGCCCUUUCCAGACGAGAGCAGACAAUCAGGGACCUUAUAAACUCCUAUGAUGUAUAUGAAGACUUGAAAGCUAAGUCUCAGAAAGGACUGGAAUUCUACAAGAAACUGGAGACAAAUGUUGGACGCUUGUUGAAUAGAUGUAAAAAUGUGUGUAAGGUACAGCAGGAUGAGAGGCAGAAAAUGUACAAUAAAUAUAAACCUAAAGCUGCAGCCCCUGCUCCUGUUAGACCAGUUGCACCUAAAGUGGCACCAGCAGACAUACAAGAUAAUGGCCAGAUUACAGAUACCCCAGCAGUAUCUCACCCACCUGCACACACUAUGGCAGCUAUGUUUGAUGGCCCAAAAUUAAAGGAUUAUCUCCCUUUCAUGAAGCCUAAGACAUUUGGAAAGAAGGGUGGUUCCCCGCCUGUAUCAGCUGCUCAUCCCAAUGUACAAGACUAUAUGACACAGGGUGGUUCCCUGCCCAAUAGUGGUACAGCAUCACCAGUACAUAUACCUCAGAUGCCUGGCAGUGUGCCAGCUAGUCCAGAUCAUGUCAGACAUAGAUUUGAUGGUAGACUUGGUCCCAAUGAUCCAUCUACAUCAAGAAUGUUACCUAGACAACCUGGACCCGACCUUACUCAAGGUCAUCUGUAUCAGCCUAGUAGCUCGUCAGGUGAAGGUCAGUCUGCAAGAGAGAUGGGACUUGGUCCGACAGCUCUGGAUAGCUCUUUAUAUGGACCAGAAUCUUUAUACCAGCAACAGUUAGAUCAAGGUCAGAUGGGAUAUAUACAAGGUCAAGGUGUAAAGCCAGGUGGACCAGAUACAGCCCAAGCACCACCUCCACAGUCAGACUAUGUUCCAUUAGAUCAGAGGUGGAAAAAAGACAAGCCAGUUACUCCUCAGUCAGCGUAUCCACAACCAGGUCAAAGGCCAGUUGUGUCAAGGUCAUUAAAGCCACAGACCAGCCAAGGUAUACCACCAAAUACUCCUCAGCAGCCAAAUCAAACUCCCGACCAACAGAAUUUCUAUGCCCAGAAUUUAGCUCUUGCUAAUCAAGAACUUCAAUAUGGACAGCCAGGAACAUUCCAAGGUCAAGGUCAGAAUAUACCAAACCAAUCUAUGCCUGCAGGUCAGGGUCAGAUGCAAACAAGCCAGUAUGGUCAGAAUAUGGCUGACUUUCAGACACAGAGGUUUUCUCCAUCUCCUCAGCUACCAGUUCAUAGUGCUCCAGCUGGUCAGGUAAUAUCACAGAUGCCGUCUUCGUUGCCUCCUCAGUCCAUGCCUGUUACAAGGGAGGUCACUAGCACAGUGUCAGCUGUUGGUGGUCCAGUUCUCUCCCCAGGAAAUGAAAAUCAGGACUAUAGAAGUAUGCCACAAGGUAAUUUUGGUCCUCAGGGUCAGGGACAAGGUCAAAUCAACACCCAGCAAGUUCAAGUUCAGCAACAUAUGUCACAGCCAGGAUACAGUGAAGGUCAGCAAGUACUCCAACAGUUUCCCCAGUCACAGCCACAACAACACCAAGUGCAACCACCUGGAAGCCAGUCAUUCCAAGGUGAAGGUCAGGUACAAGUUCCUGGAUCCCAGGCACAAUUUCAGCAUUCAACGUUUCAGCCAAGUGGUAGCCAGCAUCAACGUUAUGACCAACAACAUGUGCCAGUUCCUCAGCAGACUGGACAGCACAUGGGUCAAGGACAGACUGCUCAACCAGCUACCCAACAACAUCUUAAGGGUCAAGUUCAAAUGACACAAUAUGUUUCUCAGCAACAAGGACAAGGUCAGACAUUGCAGCAAAUACCUCAACAUAUGACUCAGCAAGUGGGACAGUACAGCCAGGCUCAACCACAGUACAGCCAGGCUCAACCACAGUACAGCCAGGCUCAACCACAGUACAGCCAGGCUCAACCACAGUACAGCCAGGCUCAACCACAGUACAGCCAGGCUCAACCACAGUACAGCCAGGCUCAACCACAGUACAGCCAGGCUCAACCACAGUACAGCCAGGCUCAACCACAGAGCAGCCAGGUUCAACCACAGUACAGCCAGCCUCCAGCCAAUGCACAAUACAAUCAGGGUGUACAGCCUGCAGGUCAGGUUAAUCUGCAACCCACAAAUCAAGGUCAGUUUGACCAGAGGGGAACAGUUCAAGGUCAGAUAAGCCAGUUUAUUCCAGGUCAACAGUUGCCUGGACAACAACGGUUGACUUACCAGCCAUCUGUUCAAGGUCAAACAGGACAACAAAAGCCCUUUGUACAUCAGGCUGGACAACAAAUCCAAACUAUACCUCGGACCCAGCAGCAAACAUAUACCCCUGCUCAGCAACAAAAUGUGCCACUCCAGCCUUCGAAGUUCCAUGCCCAGCAACAGUUUCAUCAACCUCCUCAGUCUGCCCCAGUUCAAACAGCAUAUUCUGGUGCUAGCAUUCAAGCUGGGCCACAAGCUCCUGCCCAGCAACAAGGAGUAUCAACAGCAGGUGGGCAGCAAAACCUACACCAGUUCCAGCCACCUCAACAGAAUUUUUCUCAGACCCAGUUUUCAUCUUCAGCCAGUUCAGGGACAGCAGGUGGAUACAUGCAGUCUGGACCCAGGUUUGCUGCACCAACCUCUUCGAUGCCACAACAACAAGGAGUGCCAGCUGCACCAGUUACUGGUCAGGUGGCACCUGUCCAGCAACCUGUUGUAGGUCAAGGUCAGCAGUAUCAGCAGCCAAUGAUACCACAAGGACAGAAUUUUGUACAGCCUCCGCAUUCCUCUCCUGCACAUCCGGUGUAUGGGGCAGGGGCUUUGCAGUCUGGUCAAAGAUUCUCUGCUCCAACAUCAGCUUCCCCGCAGCAGAAUGUUCAAGGUCAGCAAUACACAGGUCAUUAUAUGGAUGGAAUACCACAGUCCCAACAAGGUGGAAUGCAGCCUCCAUUGAGUGGUCAAGGUCAGUCUGCAAAAACAUACAGUCCUGCACCAGCUGCACCUGUAAGUCAACCUUCAAAUGUACCAACUAUUCCACCAGUUUCAGGUCAAGGACAGUUUGUCCAGGGCCAUGGUACACAACAGAAUGUUCAAGGUCAGUAUAUUGGUCCACAGUCACAGAUACCUAUGGGUCAGGGACAGUUUAUUCCAGGUCAAGGCAUGGGUCAGCAGCCUCAAAGACCCCAGGUACCAGGUUAUUCAGAGACCGUUGUAAACAGGCAGUUUACCCAAGGUCAGAUUCCACAUGGUCAAAGUUCACAAGAAUUACCAAGUCAGAGCCAACCAAAGGGACAGAUUCCACCUAGUCAGGGGUCCCAAGUCUAUUCUCAUAGUCAGUUACCAAGCAGCCAAAGCCAGCAAACAUACCCUCAAAGCCAAGUAGGUCAGUUUAAUCAGUAUCAAGGACAAGUAUCUGUAAACCAGCAAAGACCAGGUGUUCCAAACCAAACUGUUGCUCAGCAACAAUAUGGACAUCAAGGACAAAUGCAAGGUCAGUCACAGUAUGGACAAGGAACCAGUCAGCUUAAUCAGACUGGUUCAUUGCCUCCAAUGCAACAGAUUCCACAACAAGGACAAAUGAGCAACAACCAAUCAGUUUUACAACCUGAAGUUUUAAAACCUACUUUGCCAUCAGGUUUAAGUCAAGGCCAAACUAGCAGUCCACAAAACCAGCAGAAUUUAUAUUCCUCCCAAGGUCAAGGUCAGAACAUACAGCCACCUCUGCAACAGCAACCAGUCCAACCGCAAGGACAACCAGUCACACCCAUUUACCAGCCAGUGAGCCCAAUGCAUGGAAACUACCAGCAAGGGCAGCAAAGACCACCUAGCCCGGCAGUUCCUAUAGUUACACAACAAGGUCACAUAAAAACUCAAGAUGUUAAACCAACCUCGUCGGUGGAAGUAAAGCCAUCUCAGCCACAGAGGCAAACGUCACACCAAUCAGCUGCUCGAAAUAUUUCUGUAGAUAGACAGCUGUCAACAGCUUCAUCACUGGAUGAAAUUUUGUCAUCAAGUCCAGAUGCUAGGACCGAGUCAGCAGAAAGUGUCUUGGCGCCAAAGGUGUUGACAGCCCAGGAGAUACAGCAACAGAAAGAGGACCAGUUGAAGAACUCCAGUCUGCAUAUCCAACCUAAAGAUCCAUACAAGGAUAAGUCUAAACUUGAUAGAUUUGUCGCUGAGGUUGAAAAACUUGCAAAAUUUGUGGAAGGGUUUGAAAAGCCUCUGUGUAGUGGUCCUACACCUUUAGAUGUUGUUUGGAAGGAAAUAAUGGAAGAACAGGACAAAGCUGGCAGAAAGCAGAAACUGGCUAUAGCUAGAUGUUACCCUAUGAAAAACAGAGACCAAGAUAUCAUGCCAUAUGAUGAUUCGAGAGUUUUAUUGACAACUUUAAAUGAUGAUUAUAUCAAUGCAAGCUGGAUAAAUGACUUGUCUCCAUCAUGUCCUAAGUUUAUAGCCAGUCAAGCACCAUUACCUGUGACAUUGAUAGAUUUUUGGCUCAUGGUGUAUGAACAGGGUGUGGAAGUGCUUGUCGCUCUGUCCAGUGAGAUUGAAACAGGAAAGAAGUUCCCAACGUAUUUGCCCCAGGGUAAAGGUGAGACAGUGGACCAUGGAGCUGUACAGUUAACAUUGCAGAGUAUCAAACAUAAACAGUUCUGGACUGAGAGGAUUUUACACCUUAGACAUGCUGAGACUCGUACUGGAAGAACUUUGGUACAUUUACACUACAAUGCCUGGCCAGUCAGUGGUUUUCCUGAAAAGGUGUCCCAUGUUUUACAGUUUAUAACAGAGGUGCACAGUUUCUACAGACAGCAGAGGAGUUUGAUGAAACCUAUUGUUGUCCAUUGCGGUAACGGAGUUGGUCGAACUGGCAUGUUUAUACUGAUAUAUGUAGGCAUGCAGGAGAUCAAUCAUGGUGAUGGUGUAAUAAAUAUCCAGGAGGUUGCGGGGAAAAUGUUGUGGAGAAGACGUAAUAUCAUACUGAAACAGGAUCAGCUCAAGUAUUGUUACGAGGCAAUUCUCUACUAUGCUCAAGAUGUACUAGCUAAAGAGGGCAUUUUGGUUCACAAAGCUUCUUUCGGAGAUGGGCUUCCAAAGCCAGGAGCCAAAUCAAUUGGAUGGGAACCAGGACAGGAUAUCCUGUUUGGGUCUGUGAGUUUUACAAACCUCCAAAGCAGUAUUUCGAAAAUGAGUACUGGUACCAAAACAGAAUCAAACAGUUUGAAUAUUGAUCAAAAGUUGGAAAUGUUGAAAAAGGGAGAAACCAGUGUACUGAAGGAGGAAGUUACACACAAAGUUACUAAACAAGAAAUAGUGGUUCCUGAAGGUCAUGUGCUGUCAAGUGUUAGUGGGAAUUCUCUUCCAGAUGUUGUUCAGAAUCCGGGAAUUAAUCUAGAGAGAAAAUCAGCAGAGUCAUUGAUUGAGUCAGCACAAGAUGAUAUGAACGUACUUGUUGACAUUGAGAAGAGUGAAGAAAAGGUCAAAGUUCAAGGACAGACUGAAGAUUUGUUCAGUGACCUUUGCCUUUUAAAAUUAGAGGAAAAAGGAUCUGUAUCUUCUUUGAAAAGUUUAGAUUCAGCAGAAUCAAAAGGGUCAAGGUCGUCCUCGGUUCAUGCCUCACCAGCACACAGUAGCAGGGAGGUCUCGAGUAGCCCAAAACCUGAAAACAUUUCGUCUUCUCUUGCUGAAUUGCAAGACCCUACUAAGUUUACUAUAGGUACAAGUGAAGGCAGUAAAAAGAAAGUAACUAAAGCAGAUUUUACUGGGGACGUAAAAACUGUAAUGGAACAGGACCCAAAUGACCCUUUCAGUUCUCUUGACCCCUUAUGGACACACAAAUAGUUACAACUAUAUAUAUCCAAGAUGAGAAUUUGAGAUAUAGUCCAAUAUGAUUAUUGAUUAUUUAAACCAGUAUAUUUCUGCAUGCAGCAAAGUUUUAGCAAACAUUUGUUCCUGAAGCCCAGUAUGGCUGUUUUGACUAAAAUGUUACUUUUUCUUGCUGCAGUCGGUAUGUAAAAAAGUUGACAAUUGCCUACUGAAAGUCAUUUGCCCUGUCAGUAGAUGAAAUGAAGCGCAAACUGGCCUCUCUCAAGGGCGAAGUUAGGUUAAUUUGUAGUCUCAGAUUUGUUGGUGUUUGUGGACAUGUUUAGUUUUCACCAAUGUCUAUAGAGCUGUUUGAGCACCAUAUGCACUUAAUGAUUAAACAUUGGAGAUUACAAACUAAAAACAGCAAUGUACAGGUCAGCUGGAGCUAGUGACCAUUUUUGGUAUAUAGAAAUAAUGAAGAAAAAAAUGUAGAAGUCAGUUGUCACUGAAUAUUGAUACAUGUAUAAAGUAUGCAGAGAAAUAUACUGGUUUAAUUUCACAGAGGAAUAUUUAUUUUACACGAAGAAUUAUGCGUAUCUGUGAUCAUGUCUGAUGUUGUUAUGUAUAUUAUUUGGUAAAUUUAUGAAAUAAUAUAAUUAAGAUAGUCAUGUUAAUGUAUAAAUAUGUAAAUCAUGUAUUGUGAAAUCAUUUAACUUUGUGGGCAUGAAACCUCGUGGUUUGUCAAAAUGGCAGUUUUACAGAGUCUAAAUUUGACGUUUUUAGGCUUGAAAGAUAGGAAGUUAUGUUAUGUUCACUGGUACUUAGUGGAUUGACACAGUCACAGAAUCCACUAAAAAUAGUUCCCACGAAAAAUAAUUAUUUUACAUGAAGUGAUAUGUGCUUAAGUGAUUACGUUACAAGUUGUGUUCGUUUUACGUAUAUUUAUAUUUGGCAUUAUUUGAUCUGUAACUUGUUUAAAGCACUUACUGUAAUCUCUUAUUUAAUCAUGCCAUCAUUUCACAGUAUUUAAUAUAAAUAUACAAAGUAUUCUUGCAAGAAAUAAAUCACAGUUUAGUAACUUACAUUUUGUAAUGAAAAAAAUGGGCAUGUUUUAAGUGUAGGGUGGCCAAAGUCCUCCAGGUGUACUCUAAACACAAGCCAUGACCUCCAGGCUAUAGGUGGGCUGCUGCACCCUUCACCACUGUGCCUCUUAGGCUGCUCACUCUAAAUAUGGGUGAAUGAGUUCUUAAUUUACACAGAGUUUCUUUAUAAACAGGUUUGAAUGUUUGUUUCUUGCACAGUAACAAAUUCGAAGCUAUUGUUUGAUUUUAUGAAAGGGAACUUGCAAAUAUUUGUAAAAUUUGUUGCAAUAUUUCAGUAUCUAUUAAAUGUUGAAUAUC